CAGACACUCAAAAGAUAACUCAAAAGUCAAAACUAGAUUCCGUUUACCUUACCUGAGGGAGUAGGAACAAGAGGUUAGCUAAACCGGUUUUUGUUUACCCCGACUUUUCGAUAAUACAAUUUAAUUUGUUUACUACUAUUCAUUUUGUUACGCUGGAUAUUUCUGCCACUGCCGACCAGUGAAGACAUCAGCUCCAAAAGUUCUAAAGUAAUUUGUGAGAUAACCAAGAAAAAGCAAAUAACCUUUGAGUUUUCUUAUCAGUAGAUUGUGUACUGCCUUGAUAACUACUUUACCAUCCACUAGUCCUUUCUCUGUAUUCAGAACAUAGGCUAGGGCAUAAAUAUUUUAAAAUGGCUUCAUUAUCACUUAGAUUAUUUGGAAAACAGAUCAUCACUAACUCAAAAUCAAGGUUGUUGGCCCCUGCCUUUAAUCAGCAAGUCAUUAUUUCUAACACAUAUGCAACUGCAUCCUAUCAACAUAUUUUAACCGACAAACGGGGAGAGAAGAAGAAUGUUGGUGUGAUAACGCUGAACAGACCCAAGGCAUUAAACGCUCUUUGUGAUGCUCUAGUCACAGAGUUGGCCGAAGCAGUUACUGCGUUUGAUAAAGACGAAUCUGUUGGUGUAGUGGUCAUUACUGGCAGUGAGAAAGCAUUUGCUGCAGGUGCUGAUAUCAAAGAAAUGAUGAAUAUGACGUACGCUUCCAAUGUGAAGACUGGGCUGCUUCAGGGUUGGAAUGAGAUCACCAAAUGCAAAAAGCCAAUCAUUGCUGCAGUCAACGGUUACGCGCUUGGAGGAGGCUGCGAGUUGGCAAUGAUGUGCGACAUAAUUUACGCUGGAGAUAAAGCCAAGUUUGGCCAGCCUGAGAUCUCCAUCGGAACGAUCCCUGGCGCUGGUGGUUCACAGCGAAUUGCCCGCAGUGCUGGCAAGUCUAAGGCAAUGGAAAUGUGUCUCACUGGUACACCCAUUACUGCUGAGGAGGCUGAGAAGAUGGGGAUCGUAAGCCGGGUGUUCCCUGCAGACAAACUACUGGAUGAGUCCAUCAAGGUUGCGGAGAAGAUCUGUUCUCACUCGCCACUCAUUGUGCAGAUGUGUAAAGAGGCUGUUAAUGUUGCUUUUGAAACGACUCUCCAAGAGGGUUUGAGAGUGGAGAAGAAACUGUUUUAUGGAACUUUUGCCACAGAUGAUCAGAAAGAAGGAAUGAAAGCAUUUACAGAGAAACGAUCUCCAAACUUCACCAACAGCUAGAGAGAUGCAUGAAACGGAAGACUGACCUUGACCAAGUUUACUAUCUUACAAGUGAAGAUUAAUCUUAAAAUAGCUCUUCUUAAAAAUAUCUACUAAAUCUUAUGCUAAUUUUGAUAUUACUAUUACUGAUUUAUUACGUGUAUACAGACUGUUAUAAAAGUUUUUAAAAAUAUUAUAUAUAUUUUGUAUACAAA